AUGUCAACCAAUUGCCACACCAAAUAUCAGUCCAGCACACACCUCGUUGGCAACAUCAUCUUGACGGAUGUCAACUGUAACCUCAGUAAUAAUUUCAGCUUUUGUUUCACUCCAACAUCGCUUAGUCCUAUGAUUCUUGGUAUCCAUCUGCAAAACAAUACAGCGCUGAACCACCCCCCCACAUUGACAUCCGUUGUUUUGGAUGACGUGCCCCACCCCAACGUGCCGCUUGGGGAGAACCUUCUUGCUCUUACUGGCCUUACCCAUGGUGAUGUUUCCACUUCCAACCCGCUCUCUGGCUUCCACCCUCCCUCUUCCCCAACCCCAGCUCCUCAAGACAAUGAGGAAGAAGUCCCCAAGGACCUUCCCAGCCUUAUCCCCAUCGAAGAAACGGCCAAUGGCGCGUACCCCUUUCUGCCUGGCAUGUUCGAUAGGAUCAGUUUUUGCCUCCAAAGACCCUUUGUCAAUGUCACCUUUGCCGAGACAUCCAAGGCUUUUAUUCAUGCACAGCACAAUCACCCCACCCACCCGCGCGACUACAACAAUAUUCCCCACAGGUACAUCAUUCACGGUCACUACAACCGUCACAAUAACCCUCCUCCCUGUAUUAUCACUAGGAUGUACACCAUCAAAGAAUUGGAGCCUGUCACACGCCAGCUCAAUGAAGACUCUAUCCUCAAUGCCCUUGCGGUUCCCAAGCCUCAAGAUCUUCCUAGGCCCACUCUCAUGGAAACUCUGAAUGCUGCGAGCACUUGCACGUGCGAGCGUGAUCAGUCUCCUGACGUCAAGCCCGAGCCGUUCAACAAUACUACCAUGGUUGUUGAAGACCAUGAAGCCCUCUCCAAAAAAUCCUCUAGCCCCAAUCGUGUUUGGCUGGGCAACCCCCACCCCUACAGCUUGCCGAACAUGUCCAGUCCUGUCCCUGUGGAUGUUUCCUUGCCCAUCCUGGGCAUCUCACAUAUUUCUGGGUUGCCUGACCCACAUGGCAACAUGGACGGCUUAAUCAUGGAGCCGGAGACUUGUUCAAUGACUGAGCUGUACGCUGGCAAGCACAAGGCAAGUGAGAUGAGCAAUUGCAACAAUGAAUCGGACGAGAGAAUUGCGCGAAGAGCUUUACUUUUGUACAACUAUAGACCACCUGUCUUUUGUACUAUAUACUAG